UAUAAUCUGAAAAUGGAAGUAGCGUUAGAUGCGCUGCCAUGAUAUUCAUAACUUUAGUGAAUUAUAUGCAUCAAUCCUAAGAGCCAAAUACAAUGCAUACGAUUAAACAAAUAUCCAAAACAACACUACAUCCAUAAAAACAUCCCAAAGAAUGCUUACCCGCUGUAAAUUCACAAAAUUCUUCUCAGAGUGAGUCUUCCAGUGUUGAUAUCGCAUUGAUAAGAAGAGCUCCACCGUAAGGGCGAUAACUGCACAAUGUUAUUUUGAAAGGUGGCGGAUCCAACUAAACAAAUAGUCUUUUGAAUUGGUUUAAAUGAAUAAAUUGCCAUAACUGACUAUGAAAUAUUUUUUGAAACCCUUAGGACAUGACACAUACUAAUACAUUCGUAUCAUACAUAUAUAUGAAAUAUAUACACUGUAAUCUAUGAUUUAUUUAUUACACAUGAAUUUGACAUGGGCACCUUAGCCUGAAAGUACAUUUAUUGAAAAGUUAUAGUUUUCAUUGUUUAAUCUAACAACAUAGCCAGACAAGACACCCCCCACCCCCCCUCAAAGAGGUUAUUGAAUUUUCAAAUUGUGUCUGUCAUUAUAAUUGUCAUUUGAUAAAAAUUCAUUUCAAACAAUUGCAGCAUCGUUUUUCAAAGUUAUAUGAAUUAACUGGCAGCCACCAUAUGAAUAAAGUGCCGGCCGCCAGUUAAUUAUAGGAUUAAACAUUCUUUUUGAAGAAUUUAUCGAUGUGUAAACUCCGGACAUUUUACUCACAAACUGAAUAAAAGUGCGAAUGUUUGAUUCUUAUAAUUCCAAUUCAUUCACUUUAUUUACAAUUGCAAAAAAUUUGAAUAGUUUCCCCGCACUAUGUUAUUUGUUUUCAGGCGUGUAUGAAUACAUCGCGUUUUCGGAUUUAUUGAUGUAUAAACUCUUGUUCAGUUUUAUUUUUGUCCAAUCAAAACAAUUGUAAUAAAUAACAUUGGAAUUAUAUGAAUAUUAAUUCUAUACCCUGGCACCUAUCGCUUCCGUACAUUUUAACUAAUUUAUUUGCAUAAAUCAAUUCAUAUAUAUUAAGUUUUUUUCCCUCAAAUGUCUUUUGUAAAGAAUAAAUAGCCAUUGUCAUUUAUGAAAAUAAUUCAAAUUACAAGAUAUCAAUAACUGUUUCAUAUAAGAAAUGAACUUAUAUUCAUAAAUUUAUAAUAUACACAUUUUCUAGGAUUCCCUAAAGUUCUGGGUUGUGUUGAUGGGACACAAAUUAAAAUCUGUACACCAACUGAGAAUGAGGCUGACUAUGUCAACAGGAAAGGGUUCCACAGCCUUAAUGUUCAGAUGGUGUGUGAUCCCAAUUUCAGGGUAACUUCACUUUGUGCCAGAUGGCCAGGUUCUUGCCACGAUUCCAGAAUAUGGAGAACAUCAUCCCUCUGUCAGCAGUUUGAAAAUGGUAUUCAUGAUGGCCUGUUACUGGGUGACUCUGGCUAUCCCCUCACCAGAUACCUCAUGACCCCUUACUUGACACCACGUACACCUGCUGAGGAGAGGUUUAAUGCGAGUUUAUGCCGUACACGGGUUCUAAUAGAACAGACAUUUGGAAUCAUGAAGAGGAAGUUCCAAGCCCUUCAUUUUGGUCUAAGGACAUCACCAGAGCAGGCAAUAGUGUACAUCACAGCAUCUUGUAUUCUACACAACAUAGCCAUAGACAGACAGGACACUAGGAUCAGUGACGACUGCAUAACUAUCAAUAUUAGAGACUGCCAAGCACAGGUAGUACAGGGCCCAGCUGCACCCACCAGGAAUGAUGGUAUUCUGAAGCGAGCUACCAUCACCAAUGGAUUUUUUUAAUUACAGAUGUAUUUCAGUAGAUUAAGUAUCAUAAAGGACUAUUCAAACUGUUUGAAAUUUAGAAAUAUAACUUUAUUCUCCUUCAUAACACAUCAUCUGUUUUUCUCACUCAAAAACAACAACUCUCUCUGUCUCCCACUGUUUUUUCUCAUUCUGUCUCUCUCCCUCUCAUUAGCUUCCUCUCUCUCUCUCUCUCUCUCUCUCUCUCUCUCUCUCAGUUAAUCUUUCAAUUUGAAUUUACUUCUCACAUCUCCAUCUCCAGAAAACUGGGAUAGUUUGCUUGGAUUUCAAAAACUAAUUUCUGUUUUUUCAUCUGAAGGACUUCCUUCUGCAAGGUUAAAACUUCUCGUUUCUCCUUCACUUUUAAUAUCUCCUCUUCCAACCUUUUGUUAUCCAGACUUAAGUUCCUUUCCUCUAAUUCCUCCAGUAUUUUUCUCUUGGAAUCAGUUACUACAAUGUUUGAAUAUCAAUUAUUAUCAUAGAUACUAAUAUCAACUGGACAUACAUGUAUCAUGUGAUUAAAUGAGUACUUUGUUAAUAUCCACUAGGAAUAACUUGAUGAAAAUUAAUCGUGGUGGUUGAAAUAAACAUGUGAAUAAAACAAA